AUGAUAGUCGUCAACAACCGGAAAUCGAUGCAGGAGGCGACAAUUAGAGUCGGUGGCUGUGACAUCACCUCCAAGAUAUCUCUGAAACAAUUGAGGGUGAUAACCGACAAUAAGUUGAGCUUCAAGAGUCAUGUCGACUACGUCUGCAAGCGCGCGGCAACAGCAAUAGCCGUGCUAUCGAGGGUGAUGGCGAACAGCUCUAGUGUGUGCUCCAGCAAGCGCAGGUUGCUGGCAAGCGUGGUGGUUUCAAUACCGCGAUACGGAGAUCCUGUCUGGGUGUCGGCCUUGAGCGCAAACUUCAACGUGCGAAAGCUGAAGAGUACUCAAAGCCCAAUGUGCCUGAGAGGCAUCAGCGCAUAUCGCACCGUAUCUCGCGAGGCGGCAUGUGUAUCUGCGGCCAUGAUGCCUUCCAAACUGCUGGUGGAGGAAGACGAGGAGUGCUACGCCCUCAGAGGCACCGGUAAUGCUCGAAGUAAUAUCAAGGCAGUAACGGUAGCCAAAUUGUAG